AUGGCUCACACCUGCUACAAAACCCUCGCAGUCGCUUUUCUGAUUGCAUCGUUUGCGUCGCAUUCGCUCGCUGGAUUCAUGGGCGGCGCGUCAACCUUCGCACCUGCUGGCGGGGCAAUCGUCAAGGCAUGGAACGCGGCCAAGCCGGGCAUUUCCCAGGACGUAGUUGCAUACGACUCGGUGGGAUCGGGCGCCGGAAUCACGGGCUUCAACGGCGGCACCUACCUCAUUGCCGUCUCUGACGACCCCAUGACCGCCGCCCAAGAGGGCGGCGUCCCCGCCGGCGGCAAGAUCACCGUGCCGCUCUGCGUCUCCACCUUCAGCUUCUUCGUAAACGCCAAGCCCGGCGUCGUGCUCACGGCCACGCAGACGUAUCAGAUCUACAGCGGCGCUAUCUCCGCCUGGUCGGGCGUUCCCGGCGCGGUGGGGAAGGUCGCGGGCGCCAUUACCCGCGUGGCGCGCAGCGACAAGUCUGGAUCCACGGCGAUCGUGAAAACGAUGUGGUCCAAGGCCGUCUCGGGCUAUGGCGACGGCACGGACGGCAACGCCAUGACGUAUGCCGGCCUCACCAAGGUGGAGGGAACCACCGCCGUGUGCGCCGCCGUACUCGCUACCAAGGGCGCGAUUGGCUACGCGUUCACCGGCGGCUGCACCACGGUGUACAACAAGAGGAAGCCCAACAACCCGAAGCGCGUGAUUGCCGCGCUCAAGAACGCCGCCGGCGUCGCCGUCGCGCCGCCCUCGUGGGUCCCCGGCGCGGCGCUCGUGGGCUCGCCUCCCGCAGCGGACGGCUCCUGGAGCAGCGUGGAUUUCAUCUGGAAGGCCGGAGCGAAGACCCCUGCGAUGGUUUCCAUGGAGUAUGGGUUUAUCCGCAAGUCGCUGACGGGCGUGACUGGCGGGAAGAUUGCCAAGGCGUUCAUGCAGUUCAUGAUUGCGAAGCUGAAGAACGGUGGGUAUGGGUUCAAUGCGGUGCCCGUUAAAUGGAGGAACCCGUCCAUUACCAUGGUGACUGCCAUUACCGUGUAG